ACUAUUGCCGUCAUAACCAGCAAGAGCAGCAGCAGCAUUAACACCAUUACCGCAAAACAUUUAGGAUAUUUAUGAAAUUUUUGCAGCACGAUUAAUGCCAGUUGCAUAGCGUGCAUGCAAAGUGUACGGAAAGGACGAAAAUCAGGAUUUUGAAUACCACAAAUCGGCGGCGGGCUUAUCCUUGUCGUUAGUAGAAAACUGUGAUGCUGUAGUUUUUGUUUGUGUUUUCGCUUGAGCUGCUGCUUGCGGUGAUUGCUACAAUAGCUGAUUCUCUGGCCUAUGUGUCAUGUUGUUAUAACUCGGUGGCGUCGGUGUUGUCAUCAUUUGGUCCAGUAUUGAUAUUAGUGAAGUGUUUUCUCGUUCCAUUAAAAAAUUUAAAAGUGUUAACGAAAGUAAAGGAAAUCGAAUAUUGCUGAAAGUGGGAAGGUGCUUCAAAUUAAUCUACUUUUAAAUACAGGCGCCAUACACUAUGGAUCAUCCAAACGUCCCCUUCGGAUUCGCUCUACCUGGUCAUUCACACAUGCAAAUACCACCCACACCAAACCUUAUGUCCGGCCAUCCCGGACCAACAUCUAGUCCACCACAAAGUGUUCCCGGUCGGCGAACACCACUUGGCGCUGUGGGACUUGGCGGCUUCUAUGCACAAGGACUGGGUAUGCCACAGCAAGGUUCCAUGCCUACCGAUGAAAAUAAGCCCAGUCCAAGUGCACUUGCUGCGAGCGGUGGGGUAAUGGGUCACGGUCAUAAAUCGCCAUCACAAUCACUAUCUGGCGGAACAACUACUCUAGCAGCUAGCAGUGGGACAAGCGGUGGGGCUGGCGGUGGUAAACAGAAAAAUCGUCAAGCGAAAACAGUACGGCUGAAUAUAAAUGCAAGAGAACGCAGACGCAUGCACGAUUUGAAUGAUGCUUUAGAUGAGCUUCGAAGCGUCAUACCCUAUGCGCACUCGCCUUCCGUACGGAAACUUUCAAAGAUUGCAACGUUGUUGUUGGCUAAAAAUUAUAUAUUAAUGCAACAAAAUGCCUUGGAUGAGUUAAGACG